UUUUUUUCCCUUUUUCCCAGAAAAGGCUGGGAGCGCUUCUGGCUUUUCUACCGUGUCCGAUCCGGUUCCCCUUCGCUGUGAGCCUUGGGCUGAGUUUCUCCAGAAGUCCAAGAGUUUGCAGGGAAAUCUUCCACGGAUGGAGAUCCAGAUGUUGUUACUGGAGGCGUGCAUCGCGACCUGCAAAACUUCAUCAGAAGAGGAUUCCCUCUCCUCCUCUUUCCUAGGCUGAGAGAAGCGCCCUGCCGAAGUCGCUCCUGCUGGCUUGGGAUGCAAGGCUGCAACUCCGCGUGCAAGAAAUUGGAUAUAAGAUAUAUAAAUUGGAAAUCUUACCUGGUUUCUCGGCAGUCCAGACUAUCUUGUGUUGAAAAAGGGCUGAAUGACCUUUAGGUGUUUGGCCAGACUUCAUUUGAUUAGUAACACUUGGGGAAACCCAUCCAUCCAUUUUGGAUCUGGAUUAGAGACCAGAGAGAAGAUGGAGAGACAAAGCCCAGCAGAUGCAGGUGUUGGAAAAGGCCCUGCAGCUACUCAGCCUUGGAGCUGGGGGAAGAAUGGGGCAAAUUCUGAGCAGAAGAGCCAAGAAGAGGAAGUCAACAGUUCAGAGAUCCAAUAUUGUCACUUCAGGAAAGGGUACUUCCAGGAGGGGAAGAGUCCCCGAGAUGUUUGCAGUCAGCUUCACAGCCUUUGCCGUCAAUGGCUGCAGCCAGAAAAACAUACAAAGGCUCAGAUGCUGGACCUGGUGCUCCUGAAGCAGUUCCUGGCUGUCCUUCCCCCAGAGAUGGAGAAAUGGGUGCGGGAGUGUGGAGCAGAAACCAGUUCCCAGGCGGUGGCCCUGGCCGAAGGCUUCUUGCUGACCCAGGAGGAAGAAAAGAGGCAAAAAGACUUGCAGAAAUCCUUGGAAGCUAUGACUGAAUGUUCUAAGGGGAGGAAAGAUUCAUUCAGGUCUUUUCAAGAGCUGCUGUUCAGGGAGACUUUACACAAAGAUCAAAGUCACAACAUCAUGCCAGAGAGUAGAAAACUGUCCUUGGAAAUUUUAGUAUCUCCUCCUCUUUGUGGUGGGGCUGAAGGACUGGCUGAACCAUUACUUCAGGUUGUUGUGUCUUUUGAGGAUGUGGCUGUGCAUUUCUCCAAGGAGGAGUGGUCUCAACUGGACGCUGACCAAAAAGCUCUCCACGGAGAAGUCAUGCUGGAGAAUUCCAAGAAUCUGGCUUCUCUGGGCUUUCAUGGGCAAGAAAAUAAGAAUUGCAAGGAGGACUGCCAAGCCAUCCAUCUGAAAAAGGAAAAGGGGAAAUUUGCAGAUCAGAUGCAACCAAAGAGUGAUGAAACAAAGCAAUCACAAAGUGGAAUUAAAAAAGGCUUUCCUCGGAUCAAUUGGCUUCCUAACCGUACAAACAUCGAUAUGGGAGAAAUACCAUAUCAAUGCAUGGAAUCUGGAAAGAGCUUUAAUAAAUCCAGUCAUCUCAUUUGUCAUAAAAAGACACAUUCAGAAGAGAAACCAUAUCAGUGCAUGGAGUGUAGAAAGAGCUUUAGUAGGAAAUAUUCUCUGAUUCACCAUAAAACUAUCCAUACAGAGAAGAAGCCACAUCAAUGUAUGAAGUGCAGAAAAACCUUCUGUUAUUAUGACUCUCUUAUAAGACAUCAAAGGAGUCACAAAGGGGAAAGACCUUAUAAAUGCAUGGAGUGUGGAAAGACGUUUACUUAUAGCAUUAAUCUUAAUUCCCACAAGAGGAUCCACACAGGAGAGAAGCCAUAUCAAUGCACAGAGUGUGGAAAGGCUUUUAGGCAAAGUAGUAAUCUUACCUCCCAUAAGAAGAUCCACACAGGAGAAAAGCCAUAUCAAUGCAUGGAGUGUGGAAAGACCUUCUGUUAUAAUCAAUCUCUUAUAAAGCAUGAAAGGAGUCACAAGGGAGAAAUACCUUAUAAAUGCAUGGAGUGUGGAAAGACCUUUACUCGUAGCAGUAGUCUUAAUACCCACAAGAAGAUCCACACAGGAGAGAAGCCAUUUCAAUGUGUGGAAUGUGGAAAGAGCUUUAAGCGUAAUUCUGCUCUUACCUCCCACAAAAGGAGCCAUACAGGAGAAAAACCAUAUCAAUGCAUGGAGUGUGGAAAGAGUUUUACUCAUAACAGGUAUCUUAAUUCACACAAGAGGAUCCACACAGGAGAGAAGCCAUAUCAGUGCAUGGAGUGUGGAAAGGCUUUUAGGCACAAUAGUAAUCUUUCCUCCCAUAAGAAGAGCCACACAGGAGAGAAACCGUAUCACUGCAUGGAGUGUGGAAAGACCUUUAAUCGUACCAGUAAUCUUAAUUCACACAAGAGGAUCCACACAGAAGAGAAGCUGUUUCAAUGUGUGGAAUGUGGAAAGAGCUUUAAGCGUAAUUCUGCUCUUACCUCCCACAAAAGGAGCCAUACAGGAGAAAGACCUUAUCAAUGCAUGGAGUGUGGAAAGAGUUUUACUCAUAGCAGUCAUGUUAAUUCACACAAGAGGAUCCACACAGGAGAGAAGCCAUAUCAGUGCAUGGAGUGUGGAAAAACCUUCUGUUAUUAUGAAUCUCUUAUAAGACAUCAAAGGAAUCACAAAGGAGAAAGACCAUAUAAAUGCAUGGAGUGUGGAAAGACCUUUACUUGUAGCAGUAGUCUUAAUUCCCACAAUAGGGUCCACACAAGAGAGAAACCAUAUCAAUGCAUGGAGUGUGGAAAGACCUUUAAUUGUACCAGUCAUCUUAAUUCUCACAAAAGGAUCCACACAGAAGAGAAGCCAUAUAAAUGUGUUGAAUGUGGAAAGGGCUUUAAGUGGAAUUCUAGUCUUACCUGCCACAAAAGGAUCCACACAGGAGAGAAAACAUAUCAAUGUAAGAAGUGUGGAAAGAGUUUUGCUCGUAGGAGUCAUCUUAAUUCUCACAAGAGGAUCCACACAGUGUCACCUUCAAAUGCACACUAAUCUCUUCAAACCUUGGGAGUCUUCAACUCUUGGCUGGAAGAAAAUUGGUACUUUGUUUGGUCUGGUUGACUGACAUUAUCUUUCAACAUCUUCCUCAUAUUUCCUGAGCUGUCUUCCCGACUGAAAAACCGAGACGAAGCCAUUUUUCUUUUUUACCUCAUGGAAUUUGAGCUUUAUUUGCACUUAUCAAGAUUUGCCUUCCUGCAUUUUGUAAUUCCACUUUUCCUCCAGUCACCUAUGAAACACCAUUCAUCUCCAUCAUGGCACCUUCUUUUGAGGCAAAAUUGCUAAAACGUGCAUGAGUUUGAGCUUUGUCUCCAUUUUGGAACUUGUUUCCUUUUGAUGCCUCCUUUUUCAAGCAAGAUCGUUUCUUCUGGAUUCUUCUCAUUUUUGCUGCCAUAACUUGCUGUUUUGAACUGCUGUUAACUGCCCAGAGGCAUGGAUUUGAAAAGGCAGCUGAAAUAAUGGAAAUAAAAUAGCAAUACAAAUCUUAAUUUUCCUAA